AUGGCCAGAAUUAUCACGGCGGCGUUCGCCGGUAUCGCCCUUGCGCUGGGUGUUGCGGCAACGGCAAUGGCCCAGAACGCGGCCCCCGCCAAGUCCAACUUCGCUCCGACCAAGACCGUCACCAUCAUCGUUCCCUACAGCCCCGGCGGCGGCACCGAUGCCGUCGGCCGCCUGAUGGCCAAGGCGCUGGAAGAAAAGUGGGGCCAGACGGUGAUCGUCGACAACCGCACCGGCGGCAACGGCUCGGUGGGCGCGGCCCUCGUCGCACGUGCUCAACCCGACGGCCACACGAUGGUGCUCGCGGUGUCGGGCAUCGCCAUCAAUGCCCACCUGAUGAAGCUGCCCUACGACACGGCAACGGCCUUCGCGCCCGGUCACCGCCGUCGCCUAUCCGGUCGCAACGCUGCUGGCGACGCCCGACCUGCCGGCCAACGACCUCAAGGGACUGGUCGAGCUGGUGCGCAAGGAAGGACCAGACAAGCGCACGUCCGCGAGUCCCGACCCGGGCAGCCGCCUGAUGGCCGAGCGCAUCUUCGACAGCGCCGGCAUCAAGCUGCUGAACGUGCCCUACAAGGGCGCGGCCUCGUUCGUGGGCGACAUCUCCGCCGGUCGCGUCGAUGUCGGCAUCGCCAGCGUCACCUCGGGCCUGGCCCUGAUCAACGCCGGCAAGCUGAAGGCUCUGGGCAUCAUGGGCACGCAGCGCAUCCCCGCCCUCCCCAACGUCGCGACCUUCAAGGAGCAGGGCUUCUCCGGCCUCGACGAGAAUUCCUGGUACGGCCUGUUCGCGCCGGCCGGCACGCCGCCGGCCACCGUCGACGCCAUCCAGAAGGAUAUCGCGAGCGUGCUCGCGGUGCCGGAGUUCCGCGCCAAGAUCAUCGAGUACGGCUCGCUGCCCGGCGGCGAUACGCCGGCCGCGUUCAGCGAACGUUCCAGCGCGACAUCAAGGAAUCCGGCGAGACGAUCCGCCGGCUCGGCAUGACUGCGGACUGA